AUCACACACGUCAGUAUGGCGGUGCUCCUUGAAACGACGCUGGGUGAUGUUGUGAUUGAUUUAUUUACAGACGAAAGGCCUAAAACCUGCCUGAACUUUCUGAAACUAUGCAAGAUAAAAUACUACAACUACAGCCUCGUCCACAAUGUUCAGAGAGACUUCAUCAUGCAGACAGGAGACCCCACAGGGACCGGCCGUGGUGGAGAGUCCAUCUACAGCAAGCUAUACGGGGACCAGGCCCGCUUUUUUGAAGCGGAGAAAACUCCACGCAUCAAACACAGAAAGAAGGGGACGGUGUCUAUGGUUAACAAUGGGAAUGGCCAGCAUGGCUCUCAGUUCCUUAUUACAGCUGGUGAGAACCUUGAUUACCUGGAUGGAGUCCAUACUGUGUUUGGAGAAGUGACAGAAGGUAUGGAUGUCUUGAGCAAAAUCAACGAGACCUUUGUUGACAAGGACUUUGUUCCAUUUCAGGACAUCAGGAUAAACCACACAGUGAUCCUGGAAGACCCAUUUGAUGAUCCUCCUGAUCUGCCGGUGCCAGAUCGAUCCCCCGAGCCCACCAAAGAGCAGCUAGAUAGCGGGCGAAUCGGAGCCGAUGAAGUCAUAGACGAUGCGGACGGGAAGGGAGCUGAGGAGCUGGAGGAGAGGCUGAAAGAGAAAGAGGCCAAGACUCAGGCCAUCCUGCUGGAGAUGGUGGGCGACCUCCCUGACGCAGACGUAAGGCCUCCAGAGAACGUGCUGUUCGUGUGCAAACUGAACCCGGUGACCACAGACGAGGAUCUGGAAAUCAUCUUCUCCCGCUUUGGGACCAUACAAAGCUGUGAGAUCAUCAGAGACUGGAAAAGUGGAGAUUCUCUCUGUUAUGCUUUCAUUGAGUUUGACAAGCAAGAAGAUUGUGAGAAAGCCUACUUUAAAAUGGACAACGUGCUCAUCGACGACCGACGCAUUCAUGUAGACUUCAGCCAGUCGGUGUCAAAGAUCAAAUGGAAAGGGAAAGGUGGGAAAUACACUAAAGAUGACUUCAAAGCCUAUGAAAAGGACUUGGAGAGCCGAUCCAAGCUGACUCUCAAGGAUCAAGCAAAGCCUAAACAAGACCCCAAGUACGACCUACUGCUGGAUGAGGAAGAGGAGGAGGAGACGGGCCGCUGGCACCCCGAAAAGAAACACAAAGAGAAGAGACACCAUCACUAUUCAGACGACGAGGACAACAGGAAGUCCAAAAAGCACAAGGCCAGCGAGGAGAGCCGGCGAGAUAGAAAGACAGGUCGUCAGCGCUCUCGAUCCCGCUCACGUUCUCGCUCCAGAGACCGGGACCACAAGCAUACCAAGUACCGGGCCAAACACGGGAAAGAGGGACGCGACAAAGGCCACAGCCACAAGGACAGGAGCCGUAGCCGCUCACCCAAGAAGUCCAAAGACAAAGAGAGGAAUAGAUACAGAUGAGGGGAAGCAGGAAGGAGUUUAUAUGAUCUUCAGUGACAGAGCAGCUCCUGAACUGUGUUCAGUAUGAAUGAAUAUGGCUCUAAAUAUAUUUAAAUAUUCACCUGCCUAACUACUGGCUUGCUUUUUUUAAAAAUCUUCACCUUGACUUUUAGGUCUUUAGGACUUUUGUCUUAAAGAACAAAAAUUGAUUGAAAAAUUCUGUUAAAUGUGUAU